GAGCCCUAUAAUGUGAAAAGGAUUGAUUAGGGCAACGAGGCUCUCUCUUCUCUUUGCGCGAAUUGGGAUAGAUCCGAGCUGCUGCUGCUGGAUUUGUGGCUCUUGGAUGGACUAGGCGAUGGAUCCGCCAAUGGAUCUCACGCGAGAUCAGGUGUUGACGAGAGACAUUCCAUGGGAGAAUUACCUCAAUGCGAAGCUCAUCUCCAGCACGGAUUUGCAGCUGCUGAGGCGCUACGAUCACAAGCCCGAGGAUGCGCAGAUUGCUAUGCUAGAAGAGAACGGUGUUGCUUAUGUGAGAGUGUUCUUGAGACUACUUGACAACAUCACGAAGGAAGAAACGGUGGAGUAUGUGGUAGCGUUGGUGGAUGAAAUGCUUUCUGUGGAUCCGAUAAAGCAUGCUGCAUUGUUCCACGAUGAAGAAUUUUCUCCCGAGGAGAUUUACCGGCCUUUCUUGAGUUUGUUGUCCAGGAAAAAUUGGUUUUUGCAAGAGAAAGCUUGCAAGAUUCUGACCGUCUUGAUCAGCGCUCGUCCACGACAACAGGCGGUGGAGGUCUCACAAAAGCCUGGGCCUUCCAAGAACGUAUUGCAGGAUGUCCUUCAGAAACUUGUCUCGUGGCUUUGUAUUCAGCUAAGACAUCCUUCUCAUCCAAGCCGCGCAAUACCAACAGCCGUGAGCUCUUUGGCUACUCUGCUAAGAGACCACGGUGUGAAAUCCAUGUUUGUCCAACUUGAGGGCGUGAAACUCCUGACUCCAUUGAUAUCUCCCGCAACAACACAGCAGUACAUUCAGCUACUGUACGAGGCAACUCUGUGCAUGUGGCUCCUCUCGUUCUACAGCUUGGCCGUGGACGCUAUAGCAGCCACCCGAGCCUUACCUCGGCUGGUGGAAGUCGCGAGAACGUCCUCCAAAGAAAAGGUUGUGAGAGUGGUUAUUUUGACGCUGCGAAAUCUUCUCACGAAAGGAACUUUUGCACGAGACAUGGUCGAGCUCGGGAUGCCAAAGAUCAUCCAGAACCUCAAGAUGCAAGCAUGGAGUGACGAGGAUCUCACCGAAGCUCUCAAUUUCAUGGAAGAGACACUGAAAAAGAACCUCAAGCUGCUGAGUUCGUUCGAGAAGUACAAGCAGGAGGUGCUGUCCGGUAACUUGGAUUGGACUCCGAUGCACAAAGAUCCUCUCUUCUGGAAAGAAAACAUCAAGAAAUUCGAGGAGAAUGACUUCCAGGUUUUGCGAAUACUUGUGACCAUUCUCGACAACUCUCGUGAUCCGAGAACGCAGGCCGUCGCGUGCCAAGACAUUGCGCAGUUUAUCCAGUUUCAUCCCGCUGGCCGGGGCAUUGUCUUGGACAUGAGAGCCAAAGACCGAGUGAUGCGUCUAAUGAACCACGAUAACAGUGAAGUAAGAAAGGAGGCUCUGAUUUGUGUUCAGAAGCUUCUGUUGAAUGCAAAGUAUGCAAGUUUUAUGCAAAAUAAAUAAAAACCAAAAUGAAUAAAUAAA